AUGUUGAAUCACUCAAAGGAUACUGAUUAGAAAGAGAGAGAGAAAAAAAUUGCUCUGUGGGAGGGGCCAUGCUUUAUAAAACCAGUCAUCACCAUGUCUGAAUUCUAACAACUCUUGGAGGACCGUUUCCUGUCAGACAGCACCUCAGAGAAUAGCAAGAUUGAAACAAUGGAAGACAUUUAUGUGGCAAACACAAUUUUUGCCAUCAAUUUCUUCAAGCAUCUGGCAAAUACAAGCACCACCCAGAAUCUCUUCUUCUCUCCAUGGGGCAUCUCAUCCACCAUGGUCAUGGUCUACCUGGGUGCCAAAGGCAACACUGCAGACCAGAUGGCAAAGGUGCUUCAGUUUAACAGUAUUGGAGUCCCUGAAGUGACCCCAAUGACCCCAGAGAAUGACACCAGCUGUGAGCUCAUGCAGCAGAUGCAGGUCACUUAUCCUGAUGCUAUUUUGAAGGUACAAGCUGAAAACACAAUCCAUUCUGGCUUCCAUGCUCUUAUCUCUGCUAUCAAUGAGACCAAGGGGGGUUACAUAUUGGAAAGUGCCAAUAAGCUGUUUGGAGAGAAGACUGCACAAUUCAGGGAGGAAUACAUCCGACUCUCUAAGAAAUAUUACUCUACCGAACCCCAGGAAGUUGACUUCUUAGAAUGUGCAGAAGGAGCCAGAAAAAAGAUUAAUUUCUGGGUUGAGACUCAAACAAAAGGUCAAAUUUCAAACUUGUUACCCAAAGGUUCUGUAGAUUCAGACACUAGGAUGGUCCUGGUGAAUGCUGUCUACUUCAAAGGAAAAUGGAAAACUCCAUUUGAGAAGAAAUUAAGUGGACUUUAUCCUUUCCGUGUGAACUCGACUCAGCGUAAAUCUGUACAGAUGAUGUACUUGCAUGAAAAACUGAACAUUGGAUACAUAGAAGACCUAAAGGUUCAGAUUCUAGAACUGCCAUAUGCUGGAGAUGUCAGCAUGUUCAUAUUGCUUCCAGAUGGAAUUGCUAAUGUGUCUACUGGCUUAGAGUUGCUGGAACGUGAGCUAACAUAUGACAAUCUCAACAAGUGGAUCAGCAAAGACACAAUGGCAGAAGAUGAUGUUGAGGUGUAUAUCCCCCAGUUCAAAUUAGAAGAGCGCUAUGAACUCAAACCCAUUCUGAGAAGCAUGGGCAUGAAUGACGCCUUCGUCAAGGGCCAGGCCAACUUCUUAGGAAUGUCAGAAGGAGAGGAACUGUUUCUCUCUGAAGUGUUUCACCAAGCCACUGUGGAUGUCAAUGAGGAGGGCACUGAAGCAUCUGCUGGAACCGGGGCUAUCAUGUCAGGGAGAACCGGCCAUGGAGGCCCACAGUUUGUGGCCGAUCAUCCUUUCCUCUUCUUUAUAAUGCACAAAACAGCUAAAACUAUUCUCUUUUUUGGCAGAUUUGUCUCACCCUAAAAGUGGAAGUUUCUGUUUCAGUACAGAAUUUUGUAGCAUGAGGUAUAAGCCUCAGAAUUGCUGUAAUUACCAAAAAUGUAGGGACUUUUUCUAUGUGUUUCUAAACAAUUUCUACUACACACUAAAUAUAAAUACAGAACUAACCAGACAACUGUCAAUCGUAACAUUGCAACCCUAUUAAUUGGUUUCCUAAAAUGGGAUGAUGUUGAAUUUAGUUCUCUCUUAUUCUUUGUUUAUUUUAUAGCAAUAAGUUUUAUUGUAUUAUUUAUUAUUUUAUAUAAUUUUAUUAUUGUUAGCUGUCUAUUUAAUGUAGCUGAUACAGAAAACAGGUGAUCAGUUAUGUUUCUUUCUAAGGAAGUACAUUUAUUGUUUUUGUGAGGAAGGAUGAGUAGGUGUCUUUCCAUCUCCUUCUAUGAUGAAAACCUAGAAGAUUGCAUUGAACAACAAGCAAAUAUAUGUUAUGUACAUUUGUAACAUUAUAUAUCAUAUAGAUGUGACUGUCAAUGAUGUAAGAUUACAAAUACACAAUAAAUAAAUAUGUUUCCACACAA